UAAAUAAAUAAAGGAAUAAACAUCUUUUCAAUAUCUAUGAAGUUUAAAUAUUAUUUUUAUUCAAUUAUUCUUAUACUACUUAAAUUAAAUUUAUUUCAAACAAAUAAAACAUAUAUAUAUCAUUAUAUAACAAAUAUUACUGAAAAUUCACAUAAAGAAAUACAUUUAAAAACAAUAUCAGGUUAUGUUUAUAUUACACCAAUUGUAAUAAAAGAAAUAAAUUAUAAAACAAAUCAAAUAAUCAAUAAAACAUUAUGGUAUAUAACAUUGAAUACUACUACUACUAAUAGUAGUAGUAGUAGUAAUAUUCAUAGUCAGUUUAUAAGUAGUAUCUAUCUAAAUGGUUUAAUUUUAUUUGAUGUUAAAGGAUUUAUUGAUAGAAUAUAUAUAUCAAAUAAACAAUUUCACAUAAAUACUAUUCAAUUGAAUAUAUUUAAAGGACUUAUUAGUUUAUUUAAUAUACAUAAUACAUUUGAAUCAGGUAUUGAAAUUGAUAGUUCUGGUCAAUGUUAUGUAACAUAUGCUACUAUUAAAAAUAUAAAUAAUCAAUCUAUUCCUAAUGAUUUAAUUAUUAUUGAUAAAGAAAAAAAUUUUUGUAAAACAUUAACAAAAUCAAUUGAUAUAUGGAAUGAAAAUUUAUUAAAAAUUAUUAAUUUAAAAAAGAUAAAACAAAUGAUAACACGUUAUAUUUAUAAUAAAUUAACAUAUCAAUUAAUCAAUAUACAAUCAUAUGAAAAACAAAUUUAUUCAAUGAUCAAUAAUAUAAACAAAAAUAAUAAUAAUGAUGAUAUACAAUAUAAACAAUUUAUAAAUACAACUGGUAUUGAAUUGAUUACAUGGCAAAUUAUAGAAUAUUUAAAUGAAAUAGAUUUUAUUAAUAAUAAUGAUAAAAGAAUUGAAGAAAUAAUUCAUGGAAAUCAUAAAUAUACAUUAGAUGAAAUCAUUGAAAUCUUAUAUGGUACCAAUUAUCAAACAAUACAUUUAGGUCUUAUUUAUCCAAUUACAAAAUCAAAUUCAUGUAGUUUAAAUACAAAUUUAUUUACUCCUCCUCCUCCUCCUACUACUACUGAUACUACUCAUAAUACUACUGAUGAUGAUAAUGAUAAUCAUCAGCAAUUAGUUAAUUUACGACAAUAUAUUGAAUCAUAUCGUGAUUAUUUACAUAAUAAUUUAAUUGGUACUAUAAAAUCAUCUGAAUCAAUUAUUCAUUUAAUUAAUCAAUUACGUUGUCUCCCAGAUACUAAUUAUUCUAUUACAUUAUUAUCUAGUGCAACUAUGCUAACACCACCUUAUAUUGAUAUACAAUUAAUAUAUAGACAAUAUAAUACAUGGAAAGAUCAAUUAAUUGAUAUUUUAAUUAAUUGUGGUACUAAUACUUGUCUAACUAUUAUAUUAAAUCGUUUAAAUGAAAUAACUAAAUUUCUUUAUUUUAAUAAUGAUCAUAAUUUCAAUGAAAAUUCUAUUGAAAUUAUUAAAACAAAAGAAAUGUUAUUUAAAAAAUUUUGGAUAUCAUUAUCUCAUAUUAAUAAUCAAUUAAAUAUUGAUCAAAUGAAUCAAUUAUAUCAAUCAUGUGAAAAAUCAAUAAUUAUUGAUCAAAAUUAUAUUUGUUUAAUGACUUUAGUAAAUUUAAAUUCUCGUAUUAAAAAUUAUAAAAAAUUUAAUUAUUUUAAACAAAUAAUUAAACAUAUACAAAAAUUACUUAAUAUUUCAAGAAAAAAUGUUGAAGAAAAACAAAAAAAUCAUUUAUUAUUAUUAGGUAUAUCAUUAAGUAAACAAUUACGUCAUCCAAUAUUGAUUAAAUCAUUAUUCAAUAUAAUAAUUAAUAAUAAUGACAAUAAUAAUAAUGAAUAUGAUGAAUAUGAUAAUAAUUAUUAUUAUGAUAAUAAUGAUAAUAAUAUUCAUAAUAGUGAUAAUAAUAUUAAUAGUGGUAAUCGUAAUAAUAAUUUCAAUAAUAAUAAUAUUAAUAAUGAAAAUAAUAAUGAUACUAAUAAUAUUAAUAAUAAUAAUGAUAAGAAUAAUAGUAUAGACAACAUUGAUAAUAACAAUAGUAUUAAUAAUAAAGAUAUUAAUAAUAAUAAUCAUGAUAAUAAUAACGACAAUAAUAAUAGUAAUAAUAAUAAUAAUAUUCCAUCCGUUAUACGUUCAUUAGCUAUUCGUACUAUUACUGAAAUAUAUUUAUCAGAAAAUAAAAAAAAUUUAAAUGAAAAAAAUUAUAAUUUAAUUAAAUUAAAUGAAAAACAAUUUUUAAAAAUAAGAACAAAAUUAAUUGAAUUAUUAUAUCAAUUACCUAAUAAUAAUAAUAAUAAUAAUAAUAAUAAUAAUAAUAAUAAUAAUAAUAGUAUUAAUAAUAAUAAUAAUAAUAUAGAAAAUGAAAUAAUAAUUAAUUAUGAAAUAAUUAAAUUAUUAUUAUUAACUAAAUUAUCACCUCAUUAUAUAACACAAAUAUUAAAUGAUUUAUCUAAACAACAAAGAUGGACUUUAAUACAAUUAUGUAGAAAAUAUAUCAGACAAUUAUGUAAUAAUAAUAAUAAUAAUAAUGAAGAAUUAUUAACAAUGAAUGAAUGUCAUUGUUUAAAUGGUUUAUUAUCUAAAUGUAAAUUAGGUUUAGCUGGUAGUUGGUCUGGUUUAAUUGGUCAUCAUAAAUUGAAUAUAAUGAAUCAAGCAAUAUUAUUACAUAAUGAAAUUAAUCAUAUUAAUCAUAUAUUAUAUAUUGAUUAUAUAAAUUAUUAUAUAUUAGAUACUAAUGGUGGAUUACAAUUAUCUAAUAUGAAUAUAAAUUUAAUUAAUAAUGAAGAUGAAACAUCAUUAUCAUUAUUGAAUAUUAAUAUACAAGCGAAUGAAUUAAUGAAUUUAGGUAAUAUAUUACCCAAUAAGAAACAGCAGCAAUCUACCAUGGCAACAACAACAACAGGAGAUACAUGGUUAUAUAUGGAUGUUAAUUAUUUAGAUAUCUCAUUAUUACCAUAUGAAUUAUUUUCUGGUGGAAUAUCUAAUAUAAUGAGUUUACUAUUCUCAUCUACAAGUCAAUUUAAACCAUUUAUACAAUUCAUUAAAUUACCAAUAGAUCAAAGAAUUCAAACUACAUUAUCAUCUGGUUGGUUAAUACAAUUAGAUCAUAUAGCAUCAUUAACCAUAAGGAUAUCGAAUGCAUUAGAGACGAGUAUAUGGCGUUUAACCGGUCGUAAUAAUGUACGAACAGAAAUUGGUUUUGUAAAUGAUAUUAAAAUACAUUUAGUUGAAUUAGAUCAAAAUGAAAUGAUAGAUAUACCUAUAUCACAUUUAUAUAUCCAUAAAGGUAAUGCUAUACAAGGUUAUAUUGAUUUUAUUACAGAUAUAAAUAUAAAAAAUUUACCAGAUAGUAUUUGUUUAGCAAUGAAUCAAGGUGAGAAUACGUUUAUUGUUCAGUGGUAUACAACAAACAUGACAAUGGACAGUACAAAACAUUCCUCAACUACAAUGCAAAAUAAUGAUCAUUCUUAUCACUAUGUAUCAAAUUAUACAUUACAACCUGUAUCAUAUAAUUUAGGAUAUGAUAAUUCAUUAAAAUGUAAAAAGAUGAAUGCAAGAACUAUUUGGUAAAAUUGAUUUUGUUGCUAUGGGGACGGGAGGGAAGUCUUUCCCCACCCAAUUUUUUAAAAAAAACUUUUUUUUCUUAACAAUUAAAUCAGAUUUUUAAUUUUUAUUUCCGUAAGAAAGAUAUAAACAUAAUCGAUGAGAUUAUAAUUGAUGAACGAACAGGACAGGUUUAAGAUAGCAGAUCUUGGAUUUUGGUGAGAAAUACAUUCCUCUAUUUGGUAUCAUAUCUGAUGUUAAUUCCUCACCCGAAUUUAUAACCCUCGUUUAACCUGUUACAAGGAGGUGGGUAUCGUCAUAGCCAUCUUACAGUUGCUCAAAGGUCCUACCACUUAGUCACAAUUAGGAAUAUUCAUUUCCUCAAAUUAGUUUUUUUUCUUAAAAAUUUGAUAACGUUUCCAUGUCAACCUAGAUAUCUUGAUUAUUUGUUGUUGUAAUGAAUUUGUCUACUAGAUAAAAUCUUGUUGUAUCAUUUUUAUUUUGUUAUGGAUGAACAUAAUAGAGUUUUGUUCUCUAAGCUGGAUGAUUUGAUUGAGGAGCUUCCAUUGUUAUUCUAAACGAUAUCAUCAGCCCGAACAUCAAGUACAAGUAAUGGGACUUUAAAAUUUACUUAGUAUUGUUUGUUUGAAUC